CUUUUUCUAAUUGAACUCUUUGUUGACGUUUUAAAAUAUGUCUGUGUUAUCGGUGAUCGAGGGAAUUGUAUACGAAGUUAUGAAGUUUCUGAAAUCAGGAAAUAUAAAUGAGGCUAAGGAAUCGUAUGUUUUAGUGUUUCACAUUUGUAGACACUUUUUGGAGCUAUUAGUAAAGAAGCCAGAAGAAUUUACACGCCUGAUGGUUAUUUUAAAAAUGGCCCACGAAGCUGUACGAGAGGACAAAUUCAUAACAAAACGAUCUAUAUAUUACUCAAAUCCCAUUUUAUUCAAACGACAAUCCAUUAUAGACCCAUUAUUAUCAAAGAUUUGUAAGGAGCUUAGUCUCCCUCGGUGCGCUCUUAAAAUAAACGCCUCUUCCAAAUUGAUUGUUUAUGGUGAUAUUUAUCUAGGGAUUGGGUAUGAAAGCGACGUCGUUAAAAGAAAUAAUUUGGGUAUACCUGAAAGUUUGUUUAAAAGUGGAUAUGAGGUUAUUAUGUCAGAAUGUUUGCCUCAAUUUAUUUUGAUAAUUGAGAAAGAUACGAUUUUUCGGAAACUUUUAAGUGAGAAGUUCUAUGAAAAAUUCAAACCUUGUUUAUUGGUUACGGCUAAAGGUUAUCCAGACUUGAUAACUCGCCAAUUUCUUGCUCAAAUAAACUGCAUCCAUCCAAAUAUUCCAAUGAUUGGACUUUUUGAUGCUGAUCCUCAUGGUAUAAAUGUAUUCUGUACUUACAAGUACGGCACUACGAAUCCUAUGAUGCAAAAUGAAAAUGGUAGUCCAAUAAAAAUAUCCAAUCUUCAACUAUGUGGACUAUUACCCAGUGAAUUAUCAUCUCUUCAAAUCAAAGAAAUUGAUUUAUUGAAAUUAACAAAAAGAGAUAAAUCAUUAUUAAAUUCAAUGAAAAAACGUUUAUAUAUUCAACAAGAAUCCAUUUUAUUAGAACAAAUAAAUUAUUUAUUAUUGACAGAAAUGAAAGCUGAAUUAGAAAUAUUAAAUACAAUUCAUUCAACUUAUUUAACUAAUGAAUAUUUACCAAAUAAAUUAAAAUUAUGGAAUAUAUUACCAAAUAAAUAAAUAAAUAAAUAAUUGAAAUUUUUCAAUGAUAUAUAGGUGAGAAUGAUUAGUUAUUUGAACACAAGUGGGGGGGGGCAUAUUUAUUUGAUGCCCCCCCCACAUAAAUCUCAUUUGAUUUGUAUGAGAGUUGUGAUAAUUCCCAGGUGCCCAAACCGAAGUAGGUGGGGUUUUUUUCGCGGGGGGGGGUGCACACCCGGAGCCUUUGAUCUAAAGGUCUAAUCCACAAAGCAAUGGGGCAUCGUAAGGAGAUACAGUCCUAUGGUAGCCGAUAAUCAACGAUUGGUUCAUACGCUAUUUGUUCCUUCAGGAUACUGGAAUCCAUUGAUUUGGAAUCAGGGUUUUCCAACUCAUCUAGGUGAACUCUUUAUGUCCACCAACUCGAUUAAAGUGCUGGAUAUUGGUUUUUCUUCCUCUCAACUUCGUAGACAAUACCCCCGUCACGAGAAGGUAGUGAAUAGGACUUCCCUGAGAGAAGGUAUAUACGCGUGGUCAUGUGAGAGCAUUUAGAGAGGAAGAGCUGAUUCUCCCCACUCUCGGCUCUACCAGGGCAUUUAGGAGCAAUAAAAUAAUUAUGAUUGGUUGUUUGCUUAGUCAGACAUGUAGAUAGUUUGACAGGUGUUAGAUGAGUUAUAUAUUCUCUUAUCCUUAUUAUUAUUGAUUGUUCAUUGUUGUUGGAUUGUUUCGGGUUUUGUUGUGGAAAUAUAUAUUUACCUUCUACUCGGACUAAUCACGCGUUCUUGAGUUGUGCUGAAGUCCUGUGGAAUAAUAGACACUGGGUGGGUGUUAUAACAUUCAUUAAAACAAAAAUUAUUAAUUUGAAAUCAUAGUAAGUGGUACUAUGAUUUGAAGGAGAAAAAAAUUAAACAGACAAAAAUACAUGAAUUCAUUGUGUAUAUUAAAGAUAAUUUAUAUUAUAGAUCGAUAGUUUUCUUAAUUAUAUUACGUACGCAACUACUAGACCAUAGGGAUAUUACUUACUUACUUACGUCUGUCACCACCAAUGGAGCAGUCUGCCGAUCAGCAUUCUCUAACCUACUCCGUCCUCGGCUUUCAUCUCUAGUUCUAUACAAUUAUUGUCCAUUCUUCUCAUGUCUAUCUCCGUCCCACGGUGUAAUGUGUUCUUUGGUCUUCCUUUCCUCAUUUGCCCCCGAAGAUUCCAUGUGAGGGCUUGCCUUCUGAUGCAGUUGGGUGCUUUCUUCAAUCUGUGUCCUAUUCACUUCCAUCGCUUCUUCCACUGGGAUCUCGUUUAUUCUCUCCCAUAGUAGGUUGUUCUUGAUGUCUGGCCAACGGAUCUGAAGUAUUUUGCGAAGACAACUGUUAAUAAACACUUGUAUCUUCUGGAUGAUGGCUUUCGUAGUUCUCCAGGUUUCCGCUACAUAUAGUAGAACUGUUUUGACAUUUGUAUUGAAAAUCUUGAUCUUGGUGUUGUUUGACAGACAGAUGUUUUGAGUUCCAGAUGUUCUUCAGUUGUAAAUAUGCUGCUCUUGCUUUUCCGAUCCACGCCUUCACAUCUGCAUCAGAUCCACCGUGUUCAUCAGUGAUGCUGCCCAGAUAUGCAAAUGUGUUUACAUCUUCUGAAGCUUCUCCAUCAAGUGUUAGUCAAUUGGUGCAUGCUGUGUUGUAUCUGAGAAUCUUGCAUUUCUCUUUGUGUGUGUUGAGACCUCCUGUUGCUGAGGCUGCUGCCACACUGGUUGUGUUCUCCUGGGUUUGUUGUUGCAAGUGUGCGAUAGAAGAGCCAGAUCGUCCAACUACAUCCUAGAUAUCCACUGUAUCCGGUGCUUUCACCCAGAUGUUGACGUCUUCAUGAUCCAGUCGAUCACCAGAAGAAUGAGUGAGAGUAAGCAACCUUGUCUUACACCAGUCGAUAGCAUCCGCUCUGCACUAAUAUACUAGACGCGCAUGAAAUUGAUCACCACCCAGUGAUCAAUCAAUUGUGAUUACAUCUCAGUCCUACAGGAGAUCGGUUGCCGCUCGGAUAGCUCAGUGGUAACGUCUCUGACUGUGAAGCUGGGUGACACGAGAUCGAAUUCACCACGGAGCACCAGUUCGCUCAAGAUUACAGGCACACCUUGCUGACGAGUGCCAAGUAGCACGAAAGCUGGGUCCAGGGUUUCCUGUCGACUACCUCCGACCACCAUCUAAUCUCAUAAUAGUGCACAGUGUCGAGUCACCUAGGCUGGUGGCUACAUUGCAACAUGAUCGAUAGCACUCGAUCCGCACUAAUAAGGACUAGACACGCAUGACACUGAUCGCCACCCAGUGAUCAAUCAAUUGUCUUACACCAGUCUUUACAUCGAACGAGUCUGUCAGUUGUCCUCCAUGCACGACUUUGCAGUUUAAUCCAUCAUAGGAAUUCAGUAUGAUAUUGAGUAUCUUCUCAUCAUAGGAACAUAGAAGUUUUAAAUCAAGUAUCGAAAGGGCUUAUUUAUGAUGAAAGUUUCACUAUCAAAUUAGAUGGUUUUGCAAAAGUUCUGUCUAAUUUGAAGCCUUUAUUUUUUGAAGAUGAAUUUUACGACAGUUUGAAUCAGCAUAAAUGAGCACUGUUGAAGGGUAAAAACUAAGUAGAUGUUUUCUAGUUUUACAUGAUUGUUGAACGGAUUUCAGUCAGUAAUGAAAAUUGCUUUUAGAGAUAUCAUAAUUACAAUAGAAUGUAACUCGUACACAAUAUGAACGAAUCUAUUCAUUGUUUAAAGUCUUGAUACCGAGUAUUAUCUUAUUAAACAGUAAUAUAUGUAUAACGUAGUAUUUUGUUUUACGUGUUAGUUGAAGCAGUAGAUCUAUUGAUGUUGCAAUUGGUAUAUCUACAUUAACUUACUGACAAAGUAAUGCCAACUCUGAUUGUCAGUGUAUUACUUUCACAUUUGUCUAUUAACUGGACACUUAAAAAAUAGUAUAUAUUCAUUUCAUAUUUCAAUAUUGUAUUGAUCUUGUGUAAAUCACUGUUCGAUUCAUAAAUAUAUCUUUAUCUCCUAUCUUGUAUUCUUCUCUUUUUUGUUGUAUAGAACCAUACCAGUCAAAUUCUGUAGAACAAGUAGUAUCUUCUUCACAAUUAUAGCAUAAAUAAAU